AUGGUUGAAAAUAAUUUGAAAUUUUAUCCAGCUAUCAUUAUAACUGAUUUCAUCCUAUUGAUGUUUAUACCAAUAAAUAGCAUCAACAGUAAUGUAAACAAGAAAAUAUUAUCAAGAAAAAUGAUGGAACAAUCGGAAAUAUUAUCAGUGAAUCGUUCAAAACGUUUUUGGACUGAUGCACGACCACUGAAACGACAUUAUCCGGAUUUUGAUGAUGAUCAGGCAGGUGAAGCAUAUUAUCGUAAUCAAUAUAGAAAAAUUAUUCUUCCAAAUAUUCAUAAUUUCACUGUAAAAUUUACAUUUAUAACUCGUCAUACGAAAACAGUAAUACCUAAAAAAACUGAGAAAAUAAUAAAAACAACAACAAUAGUUAGUGUAAAUAAAACAAUGCUGCAAUCAACAACUAAAAAAUAUCAAAAUAUUACUAAAAAAGCUGAAAAAAAAACCGAAAAUUUAAAAAAAAAAGAUUAA